UCUGUCCCAAUUGCCAUUCCAACGCACACUCCUUGAGGAGCAACAGCUAUACGGAGUUAAAGAAGUGGAUUAUCGAGUGUUUUGGAAGGAACGAUUCCUCGUUUUGUGGGCUAUUAGCACGAAAACAUAAAUGCGCGUUUGGACAAUAAUUUUGCUUCAGUAACUCGCAAUUUAGUCGAUAAAGGGCGCAUUGCAAUAGUCUACGGCAUUACCUAUUCUCUCCGUGGAAUGGAAUCAGUCUUAGAAUGAAAAACAAAACGAGCUUGAUUGUAUUCAGCGAUUGGAUAUAGUGCAUGGGAUGACCAUAUUCCACAGUACUAUACACAGGACAUGUGAAUUAGGAGAGUUUAAAACAUAGCCUGUGGUGGUUUAGAUGUGUGCUUUGUGUAUCCCUCGUAUGAGUCCAGUCUAAACCUUUAUUCAUGUUGCAAGAUCCUGGCUUAUGACAAUGGAUUACUUGCUAUGGGUAUGCAGCCUGGUGCUCCCCGUGGUAUUUGCUGUCGAAGAGACGCUAAUGGACAGCAAGUGGGCGACUACAGAGCUGGCCUGGACCACGUUUCCCGAGAGCGGGUGGGAGGAGGUGAGUGGCUACGAUGACUCCAUGAGUCCAAUCAGAACAUACCAGGUGUGCAACGUGCGUCAGCCCAACCAGAACAACUGGCUGAGGACUGACUUCAUCCCCAGGAAGGGCGUGCUGCGCGUCUACGUGGAGAUCAAGUUCUCGGUACGCGACUGCGCUAGCAUCCCCAACAUCCCCGGUUCCUGCAAAGAGACCUUCAACCUGUUCUACUACGAGUCGGAGGGGGACACGGCCACGGAGGGCAGCCCGCUGUGGAGGGAGAACCCUUACAUCAAGGUGGACACCAUCGCCCCCGACGAGAGCUUCUCUCUGCUGGAGGCCGGCCGGAUCAACACCAAGGUCCGCAGCUUCGGCCCGCUCUCCAAGGCGGGCUUCUACCUGGCCUUCCAGGACCUCGGGGCCUGCAUGUCACUCAUUUCGGUCCGGGUUUUCUUCAAGAAGUGCUCCACCACCAUAGCUAACUUUGCUGUGUUCCCUGAGACGGCCACGGGAGCCGAAGCCACAUCCUUAGUCAUCGCCCCGGGGGCCUGUGUGUCCAACGCACAGGAGGUGUCGGUUCCUUUGAAGCUGUACUGCAACGGGGACGGGGAGUGGAUGGUUCCUGUAGGCUCCUGUACCUGCACGCCAGGCUUCGAGCCAGCAAUGGGGGACACACAGUGCCAGACCUGCAGCCCUGGAACCUUCAAGUCGAAACAGGGAGAGGGCUUGUGUUCCCCGUGCCCCCCCAACAGCCGAGCCAGCUCCAGGGGCUCAAGCGUCUGCCCCUGCCAGAACGGCUUCCACCGUGCAGACAGUGACCCUCCAGAAUCGGCCUGCACCACCGUCCCGUCGCCCCCUCAGAACGUCAUCUCCAGCGUGAACGAGACCUCCCUGUCGCUGGAGUGGGAGGAGCCGGCGGACGGCGGGGGCCGGAGCGACGUCAUCUACAACGUGGUGUGUAAGAAGUGCCUGCGGGAGCGGAGCCCGUGCACGCGCUGCGACGACAACGUGGACAUAGCACCGCGCCGCCUGGGCCUCACGGACAGGAAGGUGGUGGUGAGGAACCUGCAGGCUCACACCCGCUACAGCUUCGAGGUCCAGGCCGUCAACGGGGUGUCGGGGAAGAGCCCGUCGGCGCCCAGCUACGCCACGGUCAACAUCACCACCAACCAAGCAGCCCCUUCAGCGAUCCCCACGGUCCACCUCAUGAGGUCCACGUCCGACACGCUCAGCCUGUCCUGGCUGCCUCCGGAAAAGCCCAACGGCUUCAUCCUCGACUACGAGAUCAGAUACUACGAGAGGGGUCAGGCCAUGUCCCACACAGUGACAGCCCAGUACAGCUCAGCCAAGGUGGAGGGGCUGAAGUCAGCCACGCAGUACGUGGUCCAGGUCCGGGCUCGCACUGUGGCCGGCUAUGGACGCUACAGCAACCCAAUGGACUUCAGCACCAGUCUGCACAGUGACCCCCAGAAGUCUGUGCAGGACCAGCUUCCUCUCAUAGUGGGCUCGGCAUCAGCAGGCCUGGUGGUCAUCGUAGCAAUGGUGGUGAUAGCCGUGGUCUGCCUCAAGAAUCAGCGUAGCAGUUCUGAGCUGGAGUACACUGAGAAACUACAGCAGUACAUUUCACCGGGGGUCAAAGUGUACAUCGACCCCUUCACUUACGAGGACCCUAACGAGGCGGUCCACGAGUUUGCCAAAGAAAUUGACAUCUCCUGUGUGAAGAUUGAGGAAGUCAUUGGCGCAGGUGAGUUUGGGGAGGUGUGCCGUGGCAGGCUGAAACAGCCAGGGCGGAGGGAGGCGGUGGUGGCCAUCAAGACUCUGAAGGCCGGCUACACCGAGCGCCAGAGGCGGGACUUCCUGGCGGAGGCGAGCAUCAUGGGCCAGUUCGACCACCCCAACGUGAUCCGCCUGGAGGGUGUGUUGACCCGGAGCUGCCCCGUGCUCAUCAUCACUGAGUUCAUGGAGAACGGAGCGCUGGACUCCUUCCUCAGGCUGAACGAUGGCCGUUUCACCAUGACCCAGCUGGUCGGCAUGCUACGUGGCAUCGCCGCGGGGAUGAAGUACCUGUCCGACAUGAACUACGUCCACCGCGACCUGGCCGCACGCAACAUCCUGGUCAACAGCAACCUGGUGUGCAAGGUGUCCGACUUUGGCCUGUCCCGUUUCCUGGACGACACCUCCACUGACCCCACCUACACCAGCUCACUGGGAGGUAAGAUCCCCAUCCGGUGGACUGCGCCGGAGGCCAUCGCCUUCAGGAAGUUCACCUCCGCCAGUGACGUCUGGAGCUACGGCAUCGUCAUGUGGGAGGUGGUGUCCUAUGGAGAGAGGCCCUACUGGGACAUGAGCAACCAGGAUGUGAUGACGGCAGUGGAGCAGGACUACAGGCUGCCCCCGCCCAUGGACUGCCCCAUGGUGCUGCACCAGCUCAUGCUGGAGUGCUGGUUGAAGGAGAGGAACCAGCGGCCCAAGUUCUGCCGGAUCGUCAGCACCCUGGACAAGCUCCUGCGCAACGCCGCCAGCCUUAAAGAUGUCACCAGCAUAUAUUCAGGGGACCUGCUGCGGAUUGGAGGAACUCUGCCCGGCCACCACAGGAAGAGUCUUGACAGCAGUCAGGAGAUCGUCCGACAACAGAUGAGCCAAACUCUGCCUAUCCGGGUGUAAGUCCCAACUGACCCCCAACUGAACCCCAAGAGACACCAGAUACUCUAGGAAGAGCUGCCUAGGAACUUUAACUGGAGAGCCCAAUGUUGGGGUAAAAAAAUGAGGAAAUUGACUAUUUCCUAACUUACUGACAAGUGGGGCUGAGAAUUAAUGGUUCAUUUGAAGGAGUAUUUGCUUCUUUUUCAUUUACAGGAACUUGUGGAUUUAUGAAAUAUUUGUUGCCGAAAAGCCAAACUCCCCCCUCAGGUUGUGUUUGCAUGUCUGCAUGUGUUUCUGCUGGCUGGGGUUCAUCCCGUCCUCUACAGUGACCCAGGAUGGCCCUGGGGCUUCACCAUUGGUAUUAAGAGUUCAUGUGUUCCUGCAUUUAGACAAUGAAUGGGAAGAAAAAGAUGAAAACAUUAUUGAUUACAUUUUUUCACAAUGGAUAUCAACAACACUUGACUCCUGAAUCAAAUCCUAAGCCCAUGGAUCAGAGGAAUCUUCCAAGACUUUAAAAAAAAAAAUCCAGUUUUGUCCCUGUCCUCUUCAGUGUUGUCUUCCAUACAACUGAGAACUCUCAUAAUGAUGGUGUGUGUAAGUCACUGUGUAUUUUUCUCACCUGCUCUGGUUGAAGGAGGCGGUAGGGCCAUGAGAGGUGAGAGGGCUGUGUUUGACUGACAGUGCAGGACACAGCAUCAAAUGCAUGCCGUUGUGGUGGAACACUUCUGAUAACAGACAAUAGUGGGAUCACUGGUGGGACAUUUUGCUCUAUGGACAGAUGCCAUACUUUUUCAAUCUCAUUUUAUUCUAAAUUGCAUUCUUUUGGAUGCUAAGUUAUUACAUAUUAUUCAGAAGAGUAUUCUGUGUUUUCUACGAUAGUCUUAUCUUUUGGAUUUGUCUUAUUGCUUGAUUUUGAACACAUUCAAUGUUUUUAUUGAGCAAGAAGAAAAUAUUUUAUUUUGACUAUAUUUGGUCCAAAAGGGUAGAGGUCUUGUAACAGAAAUAGCCAGUAGGCACCAUAGCUGUACCAUAUCAUCAACUAGAAAUUUGCCACUUCCUUCAUCCUGGACCUAGAUAACCACUCCUAAUCUUGAUGUGUUGGAUAUUUCCUGUUGCAGAUCAAAGUGAAUUAAAAAGGCCACUGUCGCUAUGUGACCUUAAUAUCCACCUGACCUACAAACAUUGAUGUAAUGUCGUCCCUCAAUGGUUAAUUACGCGAGAGAGUAUUUUUAAAGUAUGCCAGCUGUCAGCAGAGCGCUGUGACUGGGCUGCAUCUCCCCAUCUCAGAUAAACCAAUCUGCACCGCUGCCAGCACCAUUUGACCUAACUUUGACCCAUGGUUACAUGUUUGUUUGUCGGCAGACAAAUUGAAAACCACGGUUUCAGGGCCAUUAAGAAUGUGUAUAUGUCAACUUUAAAGAAGAAAACGCCUGUUAGGGGCAGAUUUUUUGUCUGCAAGAGUAAGGUGUAUUGAAUUGUAAAAAAAAAAUAUAUAAAAAAAAAUAGCACAAAAUAAGCAUUUUUCUUUCCGUAUUUUUAAGAUAAUCAUAUGCAAAUAAAUUAU